GCACAUCUCUCUGACUCCAUGGUCUUAUUCUUCACGUCUCGAGCGGUAGAUCCGCCAGUCACAAUCUACAUGGGAAGAGACAAAGUUGAGAAUGAAGAGCUCCUCAAAUACGGCCUACCAACUGAUGUCUGGUUCCACGUAGACAAGCUAUCCUCGGCUCACGUCUAUUUGCGCCAAUCGGACUCUCAACCCCAUGGCACUUGGGACAAGUUGCCAAUAGCGCUUGUGAAUGAUGCGGCUCAACUGGUCAAAGCGAAUAGCAUAGAAGGCAACAAAAAGGACAACAUCACCAUCAUCUAUACUCCCUUCACCAAUCUCAAAAAAACGGGAGACAUGGCAGUCGGACAGGUUUCUUUCCAUUCCGACAAGCUGGUCAAGCGAGUUCACGUUGCCGCUCGAGAGAAUGCCAUUGUGAAUCGACUGAACAAGACAAAGGUGGAGAAGGUCGUGGACCAUGAGGCUGAAAAGCAAGAGAGAUUGAGAGAGGAAGGAAGACGGAAAAAGGCCGAAGCGAUCGAACGGAAAGCCAAAGAGAUGGAACAGAAAAAGACGUGGGAGGAAGAGAAGAAACAGCGGACAUAUGAAGGCAUGUUCACUCAAGAAGCCUUUGACGAGUACCAAGCUGGUAAAAGUGACGAUGAUGAUGAUGAUUUCAUGUAAUGAGUACCAGGGAUGAUUGCGUUUGAUUUAGUCUUCGGCCGAUCGGGCCAGAGGGAGAGCACGCCAUUGUACACACCCUGUUUAUAGAUGGUGAAGGUAGGGUGCUUGUGUAUGUCAGACGAAUCAGGGACCUCGAUUAGUGUGUGUGGCAAGGACUCCGCCACAUUCCUCUCUGGAGUUGACCAAACUGAAUUCGCCACUAGAAAUGACAACGCAGUCGAGCUCCGGGAUGGCGU